GACGCCGGGCCGCCCGCCGGAGUUAGCAGGAAGCGAGGUGCGGACCGAGGUGGAAACCGCGGCUGUGCGGAGCGGGGUUGGCAGCGGGUCGGGGCUGGCGCUGCGCUGAGCUGAGUGCGGAGUGGGGGCACGUAGAGGGCGGGCUCAGAGCCGGCGGGUCCGGGCGGUGGGGUGUCCGGUGGCAAUGCGUAGAGAGCCGUGUGUUCGCACAGGAAGAGCGCCGAUGGACCUGCUGCCGGAUCCCGCGCCCCUGGCUACCAAGCUGGAGAACACCCUGCUCCGCUACCACAGCAUCGCCGACAGCGAGUGGCGGAUCGCCAGGAAAACUAAAGAUGCAGUGGUGUGGCGUAAACCAUCAGAAGAAUUCAGCGGAUACCUGUACAAAGCUCAAGGAGUGGUGGAAGAUGUUACUAACAGAAUAGUGGAUCAUAUUCGUCCUGGACCUUACAGGCUUGACUGGGACAGCUUAAUGACUACAAUGGACAUUGUGGAAGUGUUUGAGGAGAACUGCUGUGUGAUGCGCUACACCACUGCCGGACAGCUCUGGAACAUCAUAGCACCGAGGGAGUUUGUUGAUUUUUCUUACACUACAAGCUAUGAGGAUGGGCUUCUAUCAUGUGGUAUAAGCCUUAACUACGGAGAGGUGAGACCUAAUUUUGUCCGUGGAUUCAAUCACCCAUGUGGCUGGUUCUGCGUCCCUCUUAAGGACUGUCCUAGCCACAGCCUUUUAACAGGCUAUAUUCAGACCGAACUGCGAGGGAUGCUACCUCAGUCUGCAGUAGACACUGCCAUGGCUAGUACCCUGGCCAAUUUCUAUUCUGACCUCAAAAAGGCACUGAAAUCAUAGACAAAAAGUGACUUAGAAGCCCGUGCAUUUCUUGCAAUCAAAUUAUAUUGAUUAGCUUAAUAUAGGUUAUCUACUGAACUCAAAGCUGAAUAAGGUUGUUCCUGAAUGAUUCCUGAACCUUUCUGUAGAGGGAUCCAGACAACUUUGAUGUCAUACUUAGAACACAUUCCUAUUUCACAGCACAAGAUCUUGUUUCCUGCUCAGCACACUGCAGCUGUGUGAGUACUCUGAACCUAUGCAUCCCUUACUUCCUUAGGUGGAAAACAGAAGAUGUGAAUGUAAACUUGGAAAGUGAAUCAGAAACUUGGCUCUCAACAACAGUACAGAGUGGAGUGCUCAGGAUUUUGAGGGUGCACGUUGUUGUACAAACAGCAGCUCAUAGGGGAUGCAAUUUUUUUAUAUAUAAUAUAUAUACAUACAUAUAUAUUUACAUUAAGAUUUUAAUUUAUGUAGUAAAUUAUGUAGUUAUGUGGUACUGGUGCCUCUUUAAUUUCUAUGUUAAAAAUUUGCUUUGCUUUAUCAUUGAGACGGUCCAUAGCCAUACUGUUAAAUAAUAUUAUUCAUAAGAAAGCUAUUUGCUCAUGUUAGCAACUCAAGUAUUCAUUAUUGGCAUUUCUUUAAUGUUGUAACUGCAGGUUGUUAACUGUUGUAUAUAACAGUCUCAGUGCAGUGACAAAGAAAUGCCCUUACAGCUGAUCCAAAGCUCAUGUAAGUCAUGAGGUGUCUUUCCAUAGUUUUUAGUGGACUUUUAAUCACACGUGUAGUUGUUAAAAUAGCAAACCUGCAGUGGUUCCUCUGUAGCACUUGGCAUUUCUAAGUAGUUGUUUUUACCAAAUUUUGUGUGGAAUUGUGUUUUCUAGCUUAAUUUUUGUCUUCCUUAGCUGAAAAUCCUACAGUUACCAAAACUACAGAUAGUAUCACUAAGUUGCUUAGGCAUAGGCUUUGGUUUAACCAGAGCAGCACAGACUACGAACACGAUGGAACAGCACAGUAGAGUUUUCUGUUGAAAUUUAAUAUAAGUAAAAUAAGCAUCUUAAAAUAUGGCUGACUGAAUGUCAAAAAUACAAGCUGUGGAGUUGCUCAGAGUCACAGGAAGGUGGAGGAUCAUAUUUUUAAGGAUAUUUAACCACCUAGUGAUGCUGAUAGAUGUGGGGACUUUGGAAAGCCUACUAACUGUGCUGCUAAGUCCUUAGAUCUCUUUAAAACCUGACACUGAGCAUUCAGUGUUGGUAUGCAUCCAUUUCUCAGUUGAGAUUGUAAUUUUCCCCGUGCUUUACCAGUGCAAGUGUAGCUGUGUUGUAGCUUGGGAAGGUACCUUGUAGCCCUAGUGUUUUGGGGCCAGUAGUACAAUUAGAACAAUUAGUUGUACAAUACAAUUUUGGUAGUGGACUCUAAGGAAAGUGCAUUCACGUGGAAGAUGUUCCUCUGGAAUACUGGCUCUUUGGGCAUUAGCCACUGUAGCUGAACUCUGAAUAGUAAGGACUUUUCUUUCUCAUUGCUUGAGCAGAGAUGUAGAAAAAAAGACACCAAGUAGAAGAGUUCUUCAGAUUUGCUUCAUGUGUUAAGGUAUACAGCACUGUUUAAAAUGCUUAAAGAUGAUGACAUGAAACAGCUUUUGUUGUGUUAACAGACAAAGAAUUCACUUCUCUGUUGGGUUUUGUGUAUUCUUCUGUUCCUUUUAAACUCCUUGGUUAGUUUUCCUGUCUUUCCUGUCUUCUUUGUUUCCCUCACAGCCCGGAUGUUCAGAGGGUGCUCUUUUACCACCAAUCAUACUGAGUAAUUACUUUUCCCUGGAUGCUAGAGUGUGCUGCUUUCUAUUGGUGCUGGUGUAGAAGCAAGUAAGAAAGCCCUAGCAAUAGUUGUGUGGCAUGAAUGUUGACAUGAUUACAGAGGAAGUUGUGUGCAGUGUACCAUAUUUGCUCUUCCCAAUUACACGGGCUACAUAGAUAGUCAUUAAUCUGCAUAUUCAUUGUAUUUUUUUUUAAGGCUUCAGGUACUAAUUGAGGGGUUGUGAUACAGAUAUAUAGUAUUUGAUGUCUUCAUAAUGAGUUUAAACCUACAGAGGCACUUCACUGCUGGAGAAGCAGGUCAAAAGGAGCAUGAGACGCUUGUAGACGUGAGGAUGAUGUUUGCAGAGCACUAGAUGCUGUAGAAAAAAUCACAAGGUCCCUGUUCACAUCCAGUUUAAGGACUCUUGCAUCUCUACAGAGUUAUCCAGGCUUAUUUGUUUGAAGUGAAAUGGCCUUUUAAGCUUUCAGAUGAAGAUAGGCUGAUGAAGAACAGUGUAGACAAAGGAAGAAGACUUGUAAGAAAAUCCUUGGAAUAUUUUAAUAUUUGAUGGGUUUUUUUUUAAUACACAUUUCUCCGUGCAUGUUUCUUUUUUAUCAGCAGAGUUGUUUUCAGUAUGAGGCCAAAGGAUGGAAAGAUGUAGUGAAUGAGGACAAAUAUCUGAAAGCCAAGUGGGCCUUUUAUUUUGCAUUAUGAUGCAUUAUAAUUUGUCCCUUAAACACCAAGUAAACUGGCUUUGUGUGUUUUAAUGGAUGUAGUCUGUUUCUGACAAUGUUUCUGAACAUAACAACAGAGACUGCUGGAGGCAGAGACCAGAGCCAGACCUUUUUAUGUCAGCAUUAUACAGUUCUACAGUUUUCAGAUGAGGAGAAUACAUGGAAGGUGCCAGCAAACCUUAAGGAUUUAUUUCGGAUAUUCUCUUGCUUCUAAAAAUCUUCUAGUUUAAGAAUGCAACGAUGGACAGUGUACUGAUGAUGCUACUUAAGUGAUGCGUUGCUGAUACCUCUUCGCUGAUCACUUAAAGCAGUUGAGCUAUAGAGUAACACAGAACUGUAAGAAAAGUGUCUGGUUUUACAGAGUAUUGUAUUUGAAGUAACAACUUACUUUCUUUUCAUAUAGCUAGGGAUUGAGAGGAGUGUCAGGUAUUAAGGCAGAGCUGUUCUUUAACCAGAGUACACUCAGAACCAGGAAAGCCAGUAUCAAGAACCAAUCAGAUCAGAAGAUUUUCUUUCCCCUCCCAUGGCAUUGCUUUCCUCCUAAGUCAGAGAACAGUCUGGAUGCAGAAAGACAGUACAAAGUACUGGGGACGAAAUGCAGGAGCACAUACUGUGCAUGUUAGGAGAUAGUGGAAGGCAAAGUAAAUUACUUUGUAUACUUUGCUGUCAUCAGUACAGCAGCAGAAUUUAUGCAACUUUGUGAGGUUUGCCAGUGUUUUUGUUGUUGGGAAGAGCCACAUGCUGCCUUCAGUACUUGAACUCAGUGUUUCAGCAAGACUGUGUCACCUGAAAUAAGCUUCUGGGUGAGGUACACAAGAAUAAAUGGCAGAUAGGUGUCAGUUUUUGCCAGGGAAAUAGCAUGUAUAUAGACACAUCAACAUUAUUUUUAUAUGGCUAGUAAUUUAAAAAACAAAAGAAAACAAAAACUAUUCAGGUGCUUAGGCAAUAUAUUUGUUUAUUUUAAGUCUGUCAUUUUAACUAUGUCCUGUAUGUGUGGAUGAGAAAGAUGGCUAAAGAUAAGACAAUCAUUAUGUUUAGCUUUUAUUUGUUAUCUAAGGCCUCUAGCAUUGAACUUUCCUUGUAGCUGUGCUGCUUAUUUUGUUUGUGCAGUAAACAGAUGUUGAGGUAAGUGCACUGGUGAUGCAGCCUGAGGUGCUCCACUGCUCUGGUGAGAAGUGGAGCAGUACCUCAGCCAGGCACUCUGGGAACAGCACAAGCCCUGAUCUCAAAUUUGACUAUCUUGCUGUGUUUUUAAUGAAUCAGAAUGUAAAAACAGUGUAUUCCUCCAGUGAUCAUAAACAACUAGAACUGUUUUGAUAGCGUGAGCUAGUUAUUCAGCUCACAGGUCCAUUGCUGGAAAAGUAGCAAUAGUUCUAUUGAACCCAGUUGAGUUAGGCCUGUGUUUAGAAAAUGAAAGUCAGUCUGGCUCAUCAGUGGUUUGAAAGACUGUGUUAAAUGCUUAAGAUAUUUAUGUUUGUAUUUUGAAUGCAAUUACAGAAUAAAUUGAGACAUGAAUGCUAA